AUGAAACUACUGGAGUGGAGCAAGUGUGGGGUGUUGCUCUGUACUCUCCUUCUCUUCGCUGGGAUCGGGACCUUUCUAAGUCACUUCUGCCCUACAGUCACCUUCAGGCGAUGCGAAUGUUCGACUACAUCUUCACCGGUCCUCGCUGGAGCGCAGGGGGCGGCGACUGCGGAAGAGUUUCGGGGCGGACCUCGCUCUCCAGGCCCGCCCUACUUGUCCUAUCAGCCGCCGGGGAACGGCUGGAACAACCAGAGGAUCGCACUCGAGAACGCGCUGGUUCUCGCUAAGCUGCUGAAUCGGACCCUCCUCGUUCACCCGCUCGCGCCGCACUCUCUCGGCGAACAGUUGAAGGGGAAGCACCGCGUCCCGGGUUACCGCGCGUACAACAUGCUCUCGUCGGCGGAUCUCCUCCCUCCAGCCUCCUUUCUUGACAUUCAGCUCAUGUCACGAAUCGUUCCCGUCGUCGCUAUAAACUCCUCGCACCCGCAGUUCCUCCGAGAUUACGGCCACCUGACUUGGAGAAACGUGUGCCACAGCGCGGGGUUCGGCUACUGGAUGGAACGUCCUCCGUCCACAUCUGCGGAGGUAGCGAUGCUCUCCAAGCAGAGGUUUAUUCCCAACACCGUAUGGAAGGAGAAAUGUCAGGAGGAGCAGAGGCGAGCUCAGGAGAGUCCCCAAAUCACCGAUCGUCCGGUUUGUGUCGGAUCUAGCCCGGGAUAG